AUGACGACCAAAUCUAAAGAUGUCGAGCUGUCUGACGACAUCCAAUUCAUCAAAACUCCCGCACCAGCUCCCCCCAAGUUUGAAACCGGCGAGAGCUGUGGAGUCGCCCUGACCAAUGCCAAGAGUAUUAACAAUCCUCCCCUGCCGGCAGAUGGUCCUGGAAACGAGAGCUUCUCCAACCUCCUGUUGGGCGGCGCCAUCAUCGGAGUCCCCGGCUUUUUGACCUACCUGCUCGGCGGUGGAAAGAAAACUUUCGUCUUCUUCACUCUGGUAACUGUUCUACCUGUCCUCGUGGCCUUCUGGACCUACACCUCGACCUUCAGCCCUCGCACCAACGAGAAAGUGAAGCUCCCUGGCCGUCCCGUUGAGCACUACAUCACCUUCAAGCGCGACGAAGACCGUGCGAAAUGGAGCGGAAGGAACAAGAUCCCCAUGCAAACCUUUUCGGAAAUGUACCUGGACGGCCUGGUUGACUUCAACGGCGACGUGCUUGAGAUCCUGGAAUACCGCCACGACUGGGCCAGCUUCGCCUUCACCUGGGACCUGUUCAAGUUCAUCGUCGGCACCUUCUUCGUCGAUGUGCUUUUCCACACCAAGGCCCAGGAUGAGGAGCAAAUCCGUCCCAACUACGACCGAGGUAACGACCACUACGCCUGGUUCCUCGGCCCUCGCAUGAUCUACACCUCCGGAAUCAUCUCCGACCCCGAUCGUGAAGAAACCCUGGAGGAACUGCAGGAUAACAAGAUGGCUGUUGUUUGCGAGAAGAUCGGCCUCAAGGAAGGCGAGACCAUGCUGGACAUUGGCUGCGGCUGGGGUACUCUGGCCAAGUUCGCCAGUCUCAACUACGGUGCAAAGGUGACCGGUCUCACUAUUGCUGAGAACCAGACUGCCUGGGGUAACGAUGCUCUCCGUAAGGCCGGCAUCUCCGAGGAACAGAGCCGCAUUGUCUGCAUGGAUUACCGCGAUAUCCCCCGCACGAAAUACGACAAGAUCACUCAGCUGGAAAUGGGCGAGCACGUCGGUAUUCGCAAGCUUACUGGAUUCUUCCGCCAGUGCUAUGAUAUGCUUAACGAUGAUGGAUGCAUGUACGUGCAGCUUUCGGGUCUGAGACAGGCAUGGCAGUACGAGGAUUUCAUCUGGGGUCUGUAUCUGAACAAGUACAUCUUCCGUGGCGCGGACGCUUCUACUCCUCUGUGGUACUACGUGAAGUGUCUUGAAGGAGCUGGCUUCGAAGUCAAGGGUAUCGACACUGUCGGCGUCCACUACUCCGGCACCCUCUGGAGAUGGUACCGCAACUGGGUCGGCAACAUCGAGGCAAUCAAGGCCAAGUACGGUCCCAGAUGGUACAGGAUCUGGGAACUCUUCCUCGCCUGGUCCGUCAUCGCCUCCCGCCAAGGUUCCGCAACCUGCUACCAGAUGGUGGUGGUCAAGAACCUGAACUCGACGCACCGCAUUACCGGAGUGUCCAACCAGUACGGUCUUAUGGGUGCUCUCGCUAAGAGCAGGGAGGCGGGCAAGUCCCGUCUGCCUUAG